UUGGCACGAGCCCUUGCUUCCCCUGGCUCCUGAUCCUUCUGUGAGGCUUGACACAUCUCGCUCGGCUGCUGGCGCCAUGCCCCCCCUCCGUGGCACCGCGCUGCCCGCUUGCCUGGCCGUCGCGUUCGGGCUCUACCUCCUGCCGAGCGCCUUCGUGGCGCCCGCGCCCUUUGUGCGCCCGACCGCCUCGGUGGCCACUCCGCGUGGGCAGGUGGCCCUCGCCGCGCGCGGUGGCGACGAGUACGACGUCAGCGACGCCGACAUCCAGACGUUCUACGAGGAGACGAUUUCGGGGUCCGGCGGCGACCCCCCGAAGGGUUCGAUCACGGCGGAGCUCAUCGUCAAGCAUUUCCACGGGGUGUGGGACGACAGGGGCACCUUCACCCGCUACAGCGGCCAGUGGAAGGGCCCGCCCCCGGGGGGGAUCGGCAAAAAGGACAUUGCCAUCGGCAUUGCGGGCCUCAAAGAGCAGAUGAAGCUAGGCAAGCACGUCGUCAAGGGCGGCCCUGGGAAGGACGAGACGCAGAAGGUGGUCGACGAUGGAAAGGGCUGGGUCUGGCUGGCCGCUGACAUGAGCCCGGGUGGCCUGGCGGUGCAGUUGUACACUUCCGUGCCGUACGGCAAACGCCCGCUGCUGGUCGCCAAGCGCUCCGAGGUGGACACCAUGUUCGAGAAGGUAAACUGGGGCCUCAUGGACAAGCGCAUCGAUACCACCAUGGGCGGGCCCCAGGUGAUUCAGCGGUAGUUCGCAGCCACCCAGGGGCGCACGAACCGGGCCUCCAGCUGUUUACUUGCUCCGUCUUGACGGUCGCAACACCGCGCCGAUUUUCUCAGCAUGAACGGACAAAACAUGAUGUCAGUUCGCCUGCGUUGGCGCUCUCGCGGGUGCUCUCGCUCCUGCGCCGGAGCGGAGGCAGUCCGCCCUGGUUGUGUGUGCUCCUUUCUGCAUGCUCUUCGUUCUUGUGCAUUCGCAGUGCAUCUCCCGCUCCUGGCGCCGACUCGUCCCGUGCACUUGCCCAGCCCACCUGCCGUCGCUCUUUGCGGCCUCGACGCCUGAGUACCCGGCCGUCUCUCCCUGCCCCCCUUUCCCCACGCAUUCGAUAAUUUCUUCCUCGUCCAUGAGGCCCUCAUCUCCCUCCGAGCGCCGCUCCCAGGCACGCCCUCGGAUGCGCAGGCAAUCCGCCUGCAUGCGCAUCUUGACUCGUUCUGCUCCGAGACUUCCAGAGGUGACCAAGAGGGUGGUGAUGACUACAGUCAGC